AUGAAGAAAGUGCACCUGCUGGUCCCGUCUCUCCCUUUGGGUGCCGUUGCACUGUCUGUAGAACCGUCGAUGCGUGUUGGCGAUCAGACUUCGCCCGGCGUUUGUGGCGCUUGGCAGGGUGCACUACGCAGUCUGCCGGCGGCAGCAGGUCUCCGCUCAACCUCACAGUUUAAGAGCGGUGCCAUCCAAGAUGGCGAGGAGCUCUUUCCUGGGCAGAAAUUUCGCUUUGCGGAGGCAUUGGCCGUGGCUUCCGCAGCCGCCACAGCGGACGCUGAGACCUCGACCUGCGAGUUCAAGCUACCGUCGAGCGGUGUACUGUCAGAGACACGCAAGUACCUUCAGAAGUUUCUUCCCGUGAUUCGUCAGUCGUCAGGCCGCACAGUCCACCUGCUUCUGGGCAUACACGACAAGUCACGCCUCGUCAUCGGGAUGCAAGAGGCCAACGAAGAGCUGUCAGAAGCUUUGGACUCGUUUUUCUCUGGGGCGUUUCCGUUGCUUGAUCCGGCGUUCUUGACUAUCCGAGCUCAUCCUGUCGCACUGCCGAGUGACAGUGGGGAACUCGUCCGAUUGUCCGAUGUUCCUCGGGCCCAAGCCUUCUUUGCUAUCAGCUGCUUGUCUGGACACGCCUGGUUCAUCAAUGGAAGCACGCAAGUCGAAGCGAACAAAGUCGACUUGCUCGUGAACAAGCAUGUGCUCGAUGUCGUUUCGUGCUGCUUUGGCGAAUGCCGCGAUCUCGCAAAUUUACUUCCGGAUGACUUUGCUCGGCCUAACGUUGUCAUCUCGAAUGCGGAUCGAGCUCUUUGCGAUUACGCCUUGGCUGUGGCGUUGGCUCUGCGGAACGAAAAGUCUACGACGGGCUUUGAUUGGCUGAACUGCGCUCAGUUCGCCUGCAACGGUGCCAUUCCUUUGCGGCGCUACGUUUACGAUCUCGCCUUCGCCGUUCCAGAGAGCGAUGCCACCUGUCUUGUUCAUCCGACCCUACUCAACUCAGCUAAGUCCCUUGCGUACCAACUGCAUCGGCAACCGCAUGGGCAGAAACUCACCAUGCCCCUGUUCUCGAUCUGGCUUCGCGCACGCCCGAGGACCAAAUGCCCGUCGCUGCAACUCUUCCUGUCCGAGACUCAGUAUCGUCGCGUGCUUGUUGUCAACACACACGAGCAGGCCCAACUGGCCCGCCAAACGCUUGAAGUGCACACACAUCCAGGUGCAGGACUGUUUGAUCACGUCGUGGUCCUACAAGAGCCCCAAACAAUCAAUCACGCCCAACUGAGCCUUGUGUGUCACCCAACCCAGCCUCGCUGCUUUUUUGUUGACGCCGACCUUUUGCACGACCCGACCACAAUCCAGCUGUUCGUCGUUGCCCGGUCUGUUUCCACCACCCCGCCCCCGGCAGUGGUUGCGCUUUGCACGCUGAACGUUUCUGCCGAUUUGCUUCGUACCGACAAAAUCGCGACGCUGCGUGACGCAAUUUUGUACGAUGAGGGUCAUGAUGUUCCGUUCGAAAGCGCCGACGAGCCCGGUGUCGCACAACGCAGUCUAUGCUCGCUCUUCGACGGCCGCGUUGAGCUGAUGCCGCUCGAGUCGCCCGCUCAUGCCCAGGUCAAUCUACCCAGACUUGUGCGAGAAUGGGUUUCCGACGCCGCGCGCCCGCCGCCUUCUUGGGAACUUGUUCGUUCUGGUGCUGUCGUAGUGACAGAAAACAUUCAAAACACUGUUGAUUGCAUCCGCAGGAGCAGUACAGCAGCUUGGACCGUGGUCCACCUGCAAAAGAUGCAGCCCGGUUGCGGAGCUUCCGCCGCCCUGCGCGCCACGGGCUACCAGCUGCGGGACACCCAUGAUGUCUACUGCGUGAGACAUCUCGAUCUCAACCAAGUGCAAGCAUUCUGGCAACGGUUUCCUGCGAUUCUUUCGCGCCCUACCUUGUUGCUGCUUGACGAAGACAUGCUGCAUGGUUUCGAAUUUGAAACCCCCAGUCCUCCGCCGCUGCUUCGACACCCAGUUGUGAUCGUGCGGGUCGUCCCGCCCCUGCAGCAGCACAAGCGCCCCUUGGGGCUGCCGAAUCCUCACAUCGUGCAGCUUCGGUCGAAGCUGACUCGCGCAGAUACGAAAGAGGUUUGUCUCCGCCUGCAUUCUGCCCUCAGUCACCCCAUGGCAGAGACCGUCUCCAACGAAGAAAAGCGGUGGAUUGAGCAUGCACGAGAGGCACUCGACGCUAUGGCUGGCGCAGAACUUGCUCCUGACGAUCGACAUCUGUACAUCAUAGGACUCUCUGCUUGCAGGGGCGAAUUCAUUCCCGCCGCGACGUGGAUCGGAGACCUUUGCAAGCAGUUGGAUCCGCAGCUCCGGAGCCGCUCUCCCACUGGCCUCAGCUGGCUCCUCUGUCUGGCGCGACUGCUGGCCUUUCUCUCGGCGUUUUGCCAGGAUAUCGAGGUUGUUCUCAUGGCUAUGGAGAAGUGGACGCAGUGGUGUACCGACCCAUCUGCAUCUGCCCAGGCUUUCGUCCAGUUGGUGCACUUUGAUGGCAGGCGACUCCGUUUUCUGCAUCCUUUUCUCGCGCGAUUGUUCCUGUCGGUGUUUGACGAUACUGGAAGCAACGAGCACUGGAAAGAAGACAAAGAAGACCGCCCUGUUCCAGCUUCCUUCCUGCUCAACGAGUGGAAGGCUUCGUUUCCCACGCUGUGCGAGCAUCUCAACCAGCCACCAGCGCUGUGUGAAGCAGAUUUUGGAUCCGAUGCGAUUCAGGAACUGCUUUCACGCAGAGAUUCGAAAUUUACGAUGUUCCCUCCACUGGUUCAACACAUUGUUCGGACAACUGAUUCUACCAAAGCCGCUAUUCGCGAGCGCCUGGGUCUGUUGAAUCAUGUUCUCGCCGUUUUCGACGAAGUGCAUCAGCGUUGCUAUCCGCGCUUGACCAUCGAGCCGGCAUUCCAGCAUCUCAUCCGUUCCCGUGCGCUUCGCUACUGGGGCCGGAUGCAAGAGUGUUUUUUGGCUGAUGCCGUCUCGGAGGCUAGAAUCGCUUUUGAUCUGCUCAAGUUGUCUAAGUACGAGCUUCUUGCUCGAAACAACCUUGCUACCGCUCCUUUUGCCAUGCUCUUUUCGAUACCACCAGAACCACUUGAGGAUUCGCAAGACUUGAAGGAAUUCCGCGAGCAUUCUGUUCGCCUGCUUGCUUUCCCGCAGGCACCGCAGGUCCAACGGUAUAUCAACAGACUUAGAGACCGCGGCUACCAGCUCGACAUCGACCAACACAUGCCACGUCUGCCUGAUGAGCCUGGCGACCCGACCGAGCCACUCGUCACGACACGGUUUCCCAGCUCCUGGAAAUUCCCAACCGUAAAUACGGAGACGAAUCGAUGA